AUGAGAAAGAAAAGGGGGAGAAGAGAAAAUCCGAAAACCCUAGAUCCCGUCGCUGAUGAUGUCGACGUCACCGGCAAAGAUGGGAAAGGAUUCUUCGCCUGCUACAUCUUGACCUCCCUUAGCCCUCGCCACAAGAAUCACACCUAUAUCGGGUUCACCGUUAACCCGAGACGCCGAAUAAGGCAACACAAUGGAGAGAUCACAAGUGGAGCAUAUAGAACAAAGAAGAAACGGCCAUGGGAAAUGGUCCUCUGUAUCUAUGGUUUCCCCACCAACGUCUCUGCUCUUCAGUUUGAGUGGGCUUGGCAACAUCCAAGAGAGUCACUUGCAGUGAGAGAAGCUGCUGCUGCUUUCAAAUCAUUCACUGGAUUCGCAAGCAAGAUCAAGCUUGCUUACACAAUGCUUAAUCUUCCAGCUUGGAAUAGUUUAAACCUUACGGUCAAUUAUUUCUCAACAAAGUAUGCACACCACGGUGGUCUUUCUCCAAGUUUGCCUCAACACAUGAAAGUCCAAGUUUGUGCUAUGGAUGAACUUCCGUGUUUCACACAUGUAGACUGCAGUUCUCAACCCGAAGAUGAAGAGAGUCCUGAUGAUAGUAAUGAAGAAGAUGAUGAGGAUGAUGGUAGUAGCAAUCAAAGCCAGCCAAAGAAUCCAACUACAUGCUCAUCGAAUGACUUGUAUCCCGCUGAAAAAGAACUUCGUGACGGACGUUUUGAGAAAGCGAAAGUACACGAAACUGUUCUUGAUGACAGAUUAGCAAACUUCACUGGUUUUGGCUUAUUGGAUGAUGAGAGUGUUGAAGAUGAAGUUUCAGAUAGCACUGUAGGACCCAUUGAAGAAGCAAUGGAGAAAGAAGCUGAGGUUGUAGUAUUGCAUGACAGAUUAGCAAAUUUCAGUGGUUUUGGCUUAUUAGAUGAGAGUGUUGAAGAUGAAGUAUCACAUGGCACUUUAGGAUCCAUUCACGCCAUGGUGAGAGAUUGUUGGAGAAGAAGCAACGCUGUUACAUCAACCACUAAUGAGGUUGAGGUAAUUGAUCUGAUGACUCCAUCACCGAGUUGCAGAGUUGGAUCGUCUAUGAAGAGAAGACAAGUUUCUGAGUUUAUUGAUUUGACAAGGUCUCCUAAUUUCAUAGAGUUGUAG